AUGGAGGCCCUGGCAGCGGCGCCCCUGCACUGCGGGGAGACGAGGUCGGGAGGCCUGGCCAAUGGUGGCUCCACACCCGUGCGAGGAGUGGGGACUCUGGGGGCUCGGAGUGGAGCUCGCUGGUCGGGGCAACCCGACCGGCUGAGCCGUGGUCACGGUGGUGGCUGGGACACGAGCCAGCUGCUCAUCGGCCGAGCCCCACUGCCGGGCCGGGCUGCAAAGCUGGGCCGGCGGGGCACGGUGUCCUCGGCGCAGGCUGAGGUCCUGGGGCAGCCAGAUUUUGAUGCCAAAAAGUUCUCAGGCCUCUGGUACAUGGUGCCCAUGGUCUCUGACUGCAAGGUCUUCAGGGACAAGAAGGACAACCUGCUGACGUCCACCAGCAACGUCAAGGCCACGGCAGAGGGCAGCCUCUGCGUCCACAUGCAGCUCCCUGGGGACCCCUGCUCUGCCCCAGGCCGGACCCAGGAAGCGAGCCCCCAGGCCUUGAAGGCCUUCCAGGACUUCUACCGGACGGUGGGGCUGCCGGAAGACAUGGUGGUCACGCUGCCCAAGUCAGGGCCUGUGCGUGUGGGCUACCCCUUCUCGCCAUGCCUUCUGCCCGCUCCCCUGCUGAGGGCUGUGGGUGUCACGGGGCCCAGAUGCACGCCCCCUGAGCAUUUGGAGGCCAAGUUCGCCGAGGAAACUCUUGGGUGA